UUGCCGGUUCUGCAUGCUUUCAGGCUUUCGAAGAUGAUGGUGGUCACCCAGUUCAAAAGAAGAGGGAUUCAGUUUCCUUGAAGGAUGUGUGUCGGGAGCAUGGAGCCAGGCUCUUCUCAGCGACAUCCAACGACAGGACGAGGGGCAGUGGGUGCGAGCUGGAACACAGCAGGUCUCACAUGAGGAAAAACUUCUUCACAGUAAAGAACUGCCUCUGACUCUCAGCCAGAAAGAAGAAGCAGUCGUGUUGAUUUAAGUUGAACAUUUGUGUCUAAGAUUACAAACAAAGCCAUGCCAGUGCUUUCGGAAGACUCAGGCUUACACGAAACUUUAGCCCUUUUGACAUCUCAGCUGCGACCUGAUUCAAACCAUAAAGAGGAAAUGGGGUUCCUUAAGGAUGUCUUCAGUGAAAAGAGUCUCAGCUACCUGAUGAAGAUUCAUGAAAAGCUCCGUCAUUAUGAAAGGCAGAGUCCAACUCCUGUUCUGCACAGCGCAGCAGGAUUAGUUGAAGAUGUAAUAGAAGAAUUGCAGACUGCACCAGUGACUAAUGAAGAAAAAGAGCUGCUUCAGCUGCUGUCAACACCGCAUCUCAGGGCAAUGCUUGUAGUUCAUGACACUGUAGCACAGAAGAACUUCGACCCAGUCCUUCCACCUCUGCCAGAUAACUUUGAUGAUGAUUUUGAUGAAGAAUCAGUGAAAAUUGUUCGGCUUGUGAAAAAUAAAGAGCCCUUGGGAGCUACCAUCAGAAGAGAUGAGCAUACAGGGGCUGUGAUUGUAGCAAGGAUCAUGAGAGGUGGUGCAGCUGAUCGCAGUGGUCUUGUCCACGUUGGAGAUGAACUGAGAGAAGUCAAUGGUAUUGCUGUGCUUCACAAACGACCCGAAGAAAUAAGUCAGAUUUUGGCACAGUCUCAGGGAUCGAUAACAUUAAAAAUAAUUCCAGCCAUCAAAGAAGAAGAUCGUCUAAAAGACAGCAAGGUGUUUAUGAGGGCCCUUUUCUGCUAUAAUCCCAAAGAAGACAGAGCCAUUCCCUGCCAGGAGGCUGGUUUGCCCUUCAAGAGACGACACAUCCUGGAGGUUGUAAGCCAAGAUGAUCCUACAUGGUGGCAAGCAAAGCGUGUUGGAGACACCAACCUCAGAGCAGGCUUGAUCCCCUCGAAGCAGUUCCAAGAAAGACGACUGACGUACAGAAGAAGCAUGGGCACCCAGCCGAACCCCAGAACUGUGAAGAAGCCAUUAUAUGAUCAGACUUCUGAUAAAGAGGACUGUGACUGUGAGGGAUAUUUCAAUGGACAUUACAUAGCUGGCUUACGCAGGAGCUUUAGGUUAAGUCGUAAAGAGAAGGAGAACAGUCCUACCGAAGCAAAGCAGGCAGAUCAGGCAGAUGCUGCAGAGCUCCUAACGUAUGAGGAGGUCACAAAGUACCAGCAGCAGCCUGGGGAGCAGCAGAGGCUGAUUGUUUUGAUUGGUUGUUUGGGAGCCAGAUUAAACGAGCUCAAGCAGAAAGUUGUGUCAGAGAACCCCCAGGAGUAUGGUGUUGCAGUUCCACAUACAACAAGGUCAAAGAAAAGUCAUGAGAAAGAGGGAGUCGAAUACAACUUUGUCUCUAAGCAAUCAUUUGAGACAGAUGUGCAGCAAAACAAAUUUGUGGAACAUGGAGAAUACAAAGAAAACCUGUAUGGCACAAGUCUUGAGGCAAUCCGGUCUGUGAUGGCCAAAAAGAAGGUUUGUUUGGUGGAUGUGGUUCCUGAAGCAGUGAAGCACUUGAGGACUCCUGAAUUUAAGCCUUAUGUUAUCUUUGUGAAGCCCCUCAUUCCAGAAAAGAAAAAAAAUGUCCUAAAAUCUCCUGUGUCAGAAGAAAUCUCGACACCCCUUCAGGAUGAAGAGCAGCAGGAAAUUAUAAAUUCAGCAGCAUUCAUCGAAGAGCACUAUGGGCAUUUAAUUGACACUACGCUGGUGAAAGAAGAUCUCCAGAGUGCAUGUAAUCAGCUUAAAACUGUGCUAGAUAAGCUAAACAAGGAUUCAUUUUGGGUGCCAGUCAGCUGGGUUAGGUCAUAGUUUGCUAUCAUCCGUUCAAAGGAAAGAGUUUAUUUAAAAAGCCUUGUAAAUAUAUGGAUGACAAAAGGGAAAUGUGUUGAUUUCACUGCAAAACUGCCAUUCUCUCUAGAAAGUAAUAUGUAAAGACUACAGGGGAAAAAUAAAGUCAGAAGCUGAUACUGCCUUCUUGAA